AUGUCCAACCGUGAUUACUACGGCAGUGAAGCCUCCAACUACUCCGCUUCUGAAGCAAACUCCUAUCAAGGACAACAAUAUCAGCAACAGACAGCAAACCCGAAUGAAGCCAAUGGCGAGCGUGGAGUCGGAGCAGCACUUCUCGGCGGCGCAGGAGGCGCAAUGGCAGGCCAUCACUUUGGCAAAUCAUCUGGACACAGCGGUUUAGGAACCGUGGCGGGUGCUAACAUGCAAUGCAUAAGAAGGAGGGACACAAUGGACCCCAGGGGCAAUUUGGGCCUGGGCAACAUGGACCUCAGGGGCAAUUCGGACCUGGACAACAUGGACCUCAGGGGCAGUUUGGACCUCAACACCAUGGACCUCAUGAGCAACAUGGACACCAUUUCCAUCAUCAUGGACACCAUGGACACCACUGACUUUGAGAUUCGGCAGAACUACAUCCUGAAAGUCGAUCUGCUGCCAAGAUUCAUCAGCAAUCCACGCAUUACCCGGACGCUAUCAUGCCCAGCUACCGCAACGUUCGCUACGUUACAUGAGGCGUUGAUUAUUGCGUUCGGUUGGUCAAAUACUCAUCUAUAUGACUUUAAAGUCUACAACCACUCUGAUGCGAGGGGACGUGAACAUCGAUUGGCCGGGCCUGAGAGCCUCCUCACAAUCACAGACACUUCCCUCAAUGGUGACAUGAUGAUGGGGCCGACUCGGGACAGCUCCAAGGUCAAGCUGUUUCAGGUUUUGGACAAUUCUACCACCAAGGGCAAAACAAUUCAUUACUUGUACGACUUGGGUGAUGGUUGGGAACACGUAGUCACCUGUACCGGACGGUCAGACGCCACACAACACAUCUCUUGUCUUGAAGGCGAAGGUCACGGCUGUGCAGAAGAUGUCGGCGGGCCCCUUGGCUGGGAGGAAUUACUAGAAGCCUACGAUGCAGAGAGUCCGACUUCAGACCAGAAAGAACAGAUAAUAUGGUACGAAACGUUUGCAAGCAAUGGAGAUCCCGAAGGGCUUCGUGGAGAAUUGAAAUGGAAAUGGGACAAAGACGGGAUCAACGAGCAGUUGAAAGAACUGACUCAAUCGUCUGGAACUGGGUCCACGGCGCCAGGGUCUCUGCCUUCUAUCCUUCUCGUCUCACUGUCGAAGCAGCCAUUCUUCGACGAGAUGUAUUCCGCGCUACUCACUAAUCUCCGAUCAAAGGCUACCGUCACCGAGGUGACGGAAAAGAACACUGCAAUGGAGAAACUGUCGGCUGCACAGGGGCAAUACGCUGCGAUCAUUGUUACCGACAGCGGGGUCAUCAAGAAGAAGUUCAACGCCAUCCAGAAGAAACUGGUGGAAUAUGCCCAGGCAGGCGGGACGGUCAUCAUUGGGCUCCACUACUGCAGUUUUACUCGGCCUUCCGAUUCCAAUCUCUUUUUCCAGAAGACAUGGGGCGUCAAUUGGAAGUUCGGAAACUACGGACGCUAUGACUUUCGUCUGAACCCUCGAGCGAACUCGGCAUUCAUGGCUCGUUGCCGGCCAGGGCUACCUCAGCAAUAUAGCAUGAAGGCAGUCCAUAUGCAAAAUGCUAGACCGGAGGACCAGAUCUAUAUCUACCUACCUACUAGCACCGAAAGCCCAGCCAUCUUCGCCAAGUACGGAAACGGCUUUCUCGGCUGGAUCGGUGAUGUCAAUACUGAAAGCGAGACCACGGAGCUGCUGUUGAGGAUGUGUGGUGUUUAA